AUGUGGGUGGAGGACAUGGUUACGAACUCUGAUCACCUACCCGUAACAAUUAGGCUUCACACUGGCCCGGUUGGGAACUUGGUUCAAGCUGAACAAAACUCUAUGCAGCCAAGCCCUCUGCGAUGGAACGAAAAUCACGCUGAUCGUUUUCGCCACUAUAUUACCUGGUCCUCUCUCAUCAAAAUUGACAUAAAUUCAGCCUCUGUCGACGACUUCAAUAAGCAAUUAACCGUUGCCAUUACUGAAGCUGCACGCGAAGCCCAGAUGUCCCGAGCCAGCAGGAAAAAUCCACCAGAAGGCAGAUCAAAACCCUGGUUUGACAAAAGCUGCAAGGACCAAAAAGCAAUGUUAAAAAAUAUUCUCCGCCAAUGUAAGUUGUCGAACAAUUCAUAUCCUAUCUGGGCAAUCUAUCGCCAAUCUAAAAAAGACUAUUACAGUUACUUGAGGCUGAAGAAACAGGAAUACAUCAAUGUUAUCCAAGCUAAAUUUGCCAAAACCCGCAACACCAAAGACUUCUGGGAUACAAUGAAAUUGGUUCGAAGAAGCUCUCGUAGCCAGAAUAGCAUUGCACUUGUGGAGUGGGAGAAUUUUUUCCAUAAAGCCUACCCACCCCGCAUCACCUCCAACCCUACCUGGCACUCAGAUUUGAACCAGCAAUUUGAUGUAGAAAUUACGCUAGAAGAAAGCCUCAAAAAAUGCAAGUCGAACAAAGCAGCAGGUAUGGACAAUAUCAGCAAUGAAUUUUUAAAAAACCUCCCGGGAAACUGGCAGCUAUUUAUUCUUGCGUUCUUCAACAAAAUACUGGUCACAGAGACACUACCGUUGGAUUGGACAAAAAAUAUCACCACGAUGCUGUUCAAAAAAGGUGAUCCCACGGACCCGGAAAACUAUCGCAGUAUUGCACUAAUUAACAACAUCACGAAAGUCUUCACGCAAAUAUACUCGCGUAUUAAGAAGGGGGCCGAGACUGAAAAAAUCAUCCCAGAAGAACAAUCAGGUUUUCAACCCGGCAAACCAUGUGCAGACAAUGUCUUUACCCUACUGGCUCUCCUGCAAAUGAAGCUAAGGUUCGGUAAACCUGUAUAUACCUUAUUCAUAGAUUUUCGCCGGGCCUUUGACUCGGUCCCUCACGACAAACUAUGGACAAAACUAAUGAAUCUAGGCCUCAGCUCCAAACUAAUCAACAUACUGAAGAUCCUGUAUGACAAUGCACAAAUGAAAGUGAGAGUUAACGGACAGCUCUCUGAACAAGCUAAUGUAACUCUAGGCGUGUUGCAAGGAGAAGUGCUAAGCCCUAUCUUAUUCAUUCUAUACCUAUCGGACAUUACAGGUAACUCUUCGCCUCCCAAGCAACCCGCAGCUUUUCCUCAGGCUAGGGAAACAACAAUCCCUUUGAUUUUCAUGGCCGAUCUGCAGGUCUUUCGCGCUUUAGCCUAUUGGUCUGGAAGCGGGAGACUACGUCCCAUCCUAUUAUUUUCUAUCCUAUUCACCCCCACUUCAGUGGUCCUCUCGUCUCCUACUGGUUUUUUGCGUCUGUGGACCGGCUUGUGCUUUUUGUACUGCGUUUGCCCUAUUCCUCACCUCAUCCUAGGCUCUUGGAAUAGUGACAUGGAGAAACCACAGAGAAGAACCCAUACCAGUACAAUCAGAGCAGGGAUAAGCUCACGGUAA